GCUAAGUAUAAUUGGUGAAUUUUUCAUGGCUAAGCCGGUUUGUUUUUCAGCUGAAGCCUUGGAGGGACGACAUGCCCGUGUUGAACGGUUCAAGAUCAAAGCUACUCUUUUUGAUACGGGCAUCUCAUAUCGUCAAUUUUCAAACAUCAACUGUUCGUUAAAUUUCAUUUCGCAAGACGCAAUGUUGUGGUUCAAAAGAAGCCCAAGAUUUAAGCAGCUCUCUGCAGAGGAAGAUUCGGAAAGCUUGAUCUCGGACACACAAGAAACCAAAGAUUAUGCGGAACCUCCUGGCUAUUGUCCCGUAGCUCGACCAUGGCAUCUACUAUUCUUUGUGUUAUUGACUGCCGCUCUCACGUAUCUCUACUCGCUAUUCACCGGAGGCUGGUCUAUCAAUGCCAGAAAUCAGUGGCUCGAUCAUAUCUCCAAUUAUUCGCCGUUACUUGAAGAUUUCCGUAUCGAGUAUUCAACAGUUCGCUUCAAUGGCUCCCUUCUCCACGAAAACAUUUAUCGCCAGCCAGCAUCUCCAGCCGUUGACCAAGCAUGGGAGGAUCUGGGCGUUGAUUAUCGAGCAGCAAUAGUCCCACCCCACCUAGCCGCCAAAUCCGGGCUCCUCGAAUCUCAAGUCCAAGUAUCAGACAAAUACGGAGGUGGAUAUCCUGCAAACGUCGAAGGAUUACACCAUCUCCACUGUUUAAACCUUCUUCGCCAGUCGCUAUACUUCAACUACGAAUACUACAGAUCCAAAAGCGAAGGAGCAUUCAUCAACUCCGAAGACAUUCUGCGAUUUCACGUCACACACUGUCUCGACAUCCUUCGCCAACAGCUCAUAUGCACAGUCGAUAUCGGGGUUUUAGGCCAAGUAUGGUGGAACAAGGAAUCUCCAUCUGCAUACCCUGAUUUCGAUACGGAGCAUAAAUGUCGGAAUUUCGACGCAGUGAGACGGUGGGCUUUUGAGCAUCAGGCACCGGAGGUUGUGCCGGAUGAUUAUUUGAGCCCGCCGAGGGGAGAGUGGGAGGUUUAUGAGAGUUUGCCUUGAUUGGAGGUGGGGUUGGGAU